CCAGAAUUUUUAUUUUUACGAAAUAAUUUUUUUCAAAAUUAUAGAGAAAGAAGUUCUCCUCGACGCUGGAAGAGAUAUCUUAUGACGCGUCAUAAGUAUAUCAUUGUUAUUGGUACAGUACUUUUCGUUGACAUUCUUUUUCUUUUUCCGUAUUCUGGCAUACAACUUGUUGCUUUUUUACAUCUUAACAAUGUCAUCACUACCUCACAUUACUCAACCCUGAUUAGAUGGAUAUUGCAAAUAUUAAUUGGUAUUCAUUCGGUUUGUCAGCCUAUUUGCUAUUUUCGUAUGAAUGAAUUCCGUCGAUUGGCUUGUUGCGAAAAUCGUCGCAGUUAUAAUUGUCGUUCAUGCAGCCAAAUACAACAAUCUCGUAAGUAUUUCAAAGAUUUAGUUUUCAUCCCUAAAAUGCAGCAGUGA